AUGACGAAACUCAAGAUGGAGAACUUGCACAACUACCACCUGAUUGUGACAGUGAAGAACCAGGACAAGUUGCAUGCAGUACGACCUGGUUCACUCAAACCUCUGUAUGACUUUCGGAGGAUUUUUCACAAGCUGCCUCGCCUGGCGUCUUCUGACCCCACACAGGCGAAACGACUCAUUGUUGGUCUACACGAACGACUAUGGCAUGCUCCAGUUGGUGAUGUUCGCAACAUCCUUCAAAGAUGUGGACAGCCAUGGGAAGUCGUACAACUGGCAGCCGAAGCUGUGGCAUCUUGCGCUGUUUGCCGCAAGUACUCUCGAGCAGGGCGACGCCCACAACAUCGAGGAGCUCAUCUUUCUCCAAGCUUCAACGACUUGGUCCAGAUGGAUGUUUUUCAAUUUCAAGAUCAUCUUUUCAUGCUGGUGAUUGACGAAGCCACGAGAUACAAGGUGGCGACAUCCUGCCCUGGGCGAUACCUCAAAGAUAUCCUGGGAACUUUGAUGAAAUGUUGGAUUCGCUACUUUGGUCCGAUGAAGAUUUUCGUCACUGACCAACAAUCUGCACUGAUGACCAUUGAGGCUGGACAGGAGUUCCAACGACUUGGAAUCGAGAGAAGACCUGCUGGCACAACGACCAAGAAGCAAGGUCAGAUGCACACCACGACCGAUUUGGUCGAGCGCCACAUUGGCCUGCUGAAGAUCCAGGCCGAAAGUGGACGCUAUGGCAUCGAGUUGGGGAUGGAAGAACUGGCUGCAGAAGCAGCUAUGUCACAGUGGUGGAAGAGCGCUGGCCUUUUCGGCCAUUCAGAAGAAGACAAGGGCGAUUGGAAGAUGGUCAAGUUCCCCAAGAACGACAGCCCAUCUGGCGAUCAGAUGCUGCGAGAUGCCAAAACUCUCAUGGAGUACCACUUCGAGCACUUCACCCUACAUGGCAUCCGUUUUGGAAGAGGAAUGGAAACAAUCUCAACACCGAGAUUUCCCAAAGGCAUCUUGAUCACUUGGCCAUUUGGCACACUUGGAUUUUCAUUGACUGAAAACCCCAACGACUCUCACAUCCACAUCAAAGAAUACCUCAAACACAACAUUGAAGACCUUUGCCACAUCUACCUCUAUGGCUAUGCCAAGCACAACCACGAGGACCCACCCAUGCCUGCAAGAAUUACCCGAAGAAAACCUUUGCAGACACCUGGACAAGAUCAACUACCUGAUGAUGCUGAGAUGGAAGUUUCCUAUGACCACAAGAGGAAAGACCCAGAGACGAGGACACUUGUCAUCGCUCCUGAGAAGAGGAAGCAGAAGAUCCUGUGGACUUCAACAGAACUUCUACAUCAACGAUCAAUCUGGUGGAUGAUGCAGAGAUCAAGAAAGAUCAACCUGGAGCCAACACCAAUUUGGUACGAGCUCGAUGGCCAGGUCUUCAGAGUUGACUCUGACACUGACACUCUGACGGAAGAUCAACUGAUCAACAACUGGCAAGACUUUGAGAACUCCGACCACCAGGAGCUGGAACAGUUUGUGAAUGAGAAGGUCUUUCGAAAAGUUCCUCUGGCAGACUUACCAGAUGAAGUUGUGGUGGUGGACGAGUUGCCCACACGUUCAACCACAGCUACAAGACUUUCUCAACGCCUCAUCCUCAGUGUGGCAUCCACACAUGACUUUGUCUUGGCCUCGCUGGACGUUUCUGGAGCUUUUCUGAAAGGGCUGACAUUUGAGAAGAUUCGCCAGAUACUGGCACAAAAGGGCUUAGCAUCACCACCACGCCGAGUGGUGAUAGUACCACCUCCAAAUGUUUGGAGACAUUUGUCUUCUUUUGACCCUUCCUUCAACGUGCCUGAAGAGCUCUAUGUCGCUUUUGGUUUGGAAUGUCUCAAACCUGCGUAUGGCCUGGUGGAUGCACCUCUGGCUUGGCAGAUGACUCUGCAACAGUUUCUGGAGGAGAACGGAGGAACGCAAUCACUGCUGGACGAUUGCCUGUGGCACUACAAGAAUCUUGACGGAUCCAUCAAAGGUGUCAUCAGGACCCAUGUGGACGACCUUGCCAUCACAUGCCGCCAGACUUUUCUGGACGAGCAGUUCAAGCUGACGACCAAAGCCUUCGGCAAGAUCUCCUUGCAGAUGACUCCAUUCACCCAUUGUGGAUGUCAAUACCCCAAGAUUCCCAACGGGUACAAGAUGGAUCAACAAGCGUUUGUCAACGCCCUGAAGACCCAGGACAUCGAGAACACCAAGGACGGCAACAGACCUUUGACUGCUGCUGAAACAACAAAGUUCCGCAGCAUACUUGGUGGUUUGCUUUGGCUCACGGCCACACGUUUGGACCUGAUAGCCGACGUGGGCAUCCUUCAGUCCAAGGUCACCAAGGACAUUCCUUGGAAGCUCUUGUGCAUCCAUGAUGCCUCUGCAGCAUCCAAGGGGCGCACAUACGCCCAAGAGGGAGUGCUGAUUUUGCUAGCACCCGACAACAUGAAGUUCGACCCGAAGGUUCACACCAUCAACGGCGAGAAUGUGGAGGAGCAGAUCUUUGGAGGAACAGCACACAUACCGUUCUCUCAUGGCUCAAAGGCAAAAAGGGUAUCAUACUCCACAAGUCAUUCUGAGACUUUGGCUGCGAUCUCCGGUUUGGAGACUGCGACUUUGGUGGGCCUACGUUUAGCAGAACUCUUGAUGCCCGAGAAGAAGCCCACACCUCAACAGCUGGCAGCAUUGCAGGAAUCUGGCAUUCCUUACUUGCCUGUGGACUCCUACACAGACUGCCGAGACUUUUGGUCGCUGACAGUGGGCUCUACAGCCUUACCUCAAGACAGAAGCCAGCACAUCUACAUCCUUCAGAUCCGAGAAGCCAGAAUUCAAGGACGCAUCAGAUGGAUGAUACUCAUCCCAACGCAAUCAAUGACGAGCGAUCCAUUGACCAAGGUGAUGGUGGACUUUGCCAACGAACCUGGCCAUGCAAUCGAAGCUCGACGGCUUCCCAAGAUCAAAGACUUCACUGAAGAUGAUUUGGAGCUGGGAGAUGACAAGUGGCAUGAGUCCUACAUGACUGCCGAGGCCAAUUUUUGGCUGCUGAAUUUCCUGUGCUUCGCCAACGUGGUCAGCCCAGCACAGCCGAGCAAGAUCUCUGACCAGGCGCAAUGCAGCGCCGACGACUUUGGAGGAGGAACAAUAACAGUUUCACAAGACCAGCAAUACGUACAGGUCACCAUUUUGUCAGUCAUUUUGGUGGCGAUUUUCUGCCUCUGUGGAGCACUAUGGCAUUUUUGGAGGCGACUGUUGGCCAUGAAGACUCUUUUAGAAGAGCACACCAACAGAGCUUUGCUGCCGAUCAUCGAGAGGUUGAUCGAUUUGGAAUGUCACCAUGAAGGAGUGACAGUGGAAUUGGAUGUUUUGAGAAGACAGUCUGCCGACAGCCGUGGCGACUUGGAAAUACUUUUCCGAGCAGUUCGACAUGCGUCACCACAUCCUGAAGAACCUGCACGACAACGUCUACGUCUUCAAGAUCCACGACCUGGGAAGACCUUUUCAAGCGAUGCCUCGAGAUCACGAGAUGGAGAACGAGAAGGGCCAGACAGUGAAGAGUUCGAGGAGGAGUACGAUCAUACAGAUGAUCCUUCUUUAGAUGAUUUCACCCACGACCGGAACGAGUACGAACGACGAGCUCAACAAGCACAUGAUCGAGCCCGACGCGAGCAUCUGAUUCACCAUCUCACCAUCCAGGGCAACAACCUAUACAGGUGGCGAUUCAUUCCUAUGUGCAGCAGUACUUCAACGAAGGGCGCAUUCCUUCAGCAACCAUCGACCAGCUCUAUAGCGAGCAUGCUCCCUACCAUCCACUGGUGGGACAAGAAGGAGAUGAAGCAGUACUAA